AUGUCUAUUAAUCGGCGUCCUUCUUCAACUAUAUCCACUACAAAUGUCAUUCUUGAUUAUUUGUUAUAUUUGUCUAUUAAUGCAAGACUUGAACAAGCAAAGAACGAUUUACAAUAUAUGACCGAAGAACAACUACAAUCUGCUACUUUUUACUGCAAAAAAGGCCAAGAUGUCAAACCAAUUGUUGAAGUCUUCGAUAAAAUUGCCUUUAUCUCUCAAACAUCGUCCACGCGUGCUCCGUAUCAAAAUUCUUCUACAAAUUCUGCUUAUUCUCAAUUUGCUUCUCCCACUCCACCAUCUUCAGUUUCUCAAAAGCAAAAAUCUUCUAAAUUACCUGCAAAUCUUUUAAAAUAUGAAAAGCAUUUUAAAAAUCCCUUAUUAUCUCGAUGUCGAAAACAUAGAUUAAAGAUUUGUAGCGCGUGUUUACAACAUCCUGAUAAUUCUUCUACAAUAACUCCAUGGUCUCGUAGAAGAACUACUCCUCCAAAACCUAUUCCGUCUCGUAAAACCGCUACGGGUUUGAUCGAUGCAAUUCCUGUUUUUAUACAUACUAGUGUUAUCACUUAUCGAAUAGCUAACGAACAAUUGGAUUUUGAUAAUGAUUACUCUUUGAUUAAACCACUUUGGUAUGAUUUAUUAUUGGAUUUGCUCACUCAGGCCGCGAUAGAAUGCUAUUUUUGCGAUUCAUACAGCUCAAUUGAUACCUUAUUAGAAAUAUUUUCUUACGGAGAUAUUGAUCCAUCAGACUAUCAUUCUGAUGACUCAGAAAGUGAUGAUGAUGAUGAUUCACAUUUUGCUGCGAAUCGUGCUGAUGAUUACUUGCUAUGGCAACGUACACCUUACUUGGAUGAAUUUCGUCAAAAGAAAAAAGCUAGAAUGGAAGAGUUUCUAAAUGUCAAAGGAAAACUCGAACAACAUUUUGAGAAUCUAGCUCGAAAAUAUCCAAUUCGUGAUCUAGAAAUUGAAAUGUAUAACUUUUGUAGCAAAAUUAACAGUAAUUAUAUGAAGAUUCCAGAAUUAAUAACCUUACACAAAGCUUCUACAAAUCCUGAUCUUCCUGUAGAAUUAUUCCAUAUUCCUGGAAAGUAUAAUGGUGGAAUUAAUAUACCAAUUAGUAAUGAUGAUUCAGAUGAUGAUAUGAAUGUUCAAAUUUCUGAUUCUUGUAAUCAUUGUGAAGAUGGUCAAAAAAAGCGUCAUAUUUUAGAAGAUAAUGAAAUUAAACAACUUAAGAAGAGAAAAAAUCUCACUUCUUAA